CAAGUACUGUGGAUUAGCACAAUAGAUGAUGGGGUGAUCUGCUUUGUGUGUGUGUGUGUGUGUGUGUGUGUGUGUGUGAGAGGGAGAGAGAAAGAGAGAGAAGAGAUGAAUGUGGGCUUCAGCGGAUUAUCAGAGUGGAAUGAGGCGGGAGUCACAGCUUAAAAAAACCACCACAUUCAGACACAUCCGGGAGAUGGGCUCCAACUGUCGGUUCUUCGGGAAGCGUCUCAACUGGGCCAAGGAGAAGGAAGAUUGGACCGUUGGCCAAUACUGAGGAGAACUGAAGGGAGAGAUGAAGCAAGGGUAUUGAGUGACAGAGGGGGUGGGGGGGUUCCUUUGCUUCCCAUCCUCUGGUAUUUAUUGUUUUGUCCCAAUACUCAUCCAGACCACUGCACGCACGCACACACACAGACAGACACACAAAAAAAUUCACACACCACUUCUUGUGUCUUCCAUUGUGAGCUUGUUUUUGCUCAAUGUAUAAGUUGCCGGAAAUGAUAGACACCCUUGACCAGUUGAGACCCGUAAAAGUAAUUUUCAUUCGUUCAUUACUUUGAGUUAUACAUAGCACUGAAGACUAAAAGCAAAGAUUCCUCUCUGAAAAUAUUACUUUACAAAUAUAAGUCCAGCGUCGGGUUCAAGUCUCACUGGUUCCUGUAGGUGAUGGUGAGGGAAAGGGUGUUUCUCUCUACCUAGGGGUGGUUUUCCACUUUGUGUCUUCAUGUUUUGGGGGUCCUUCAGUGCCCCCACCCUCUGUCAACCCCCCUGCUCCUGCUGCCACCACGGCCGGCCAUCCCAGCCACUUCGUUGCCAUGCCAACAGAGACACUUGCUCCAGCUCUGCCAGAUAGCAAGUCCACUGGCACUGCAACACCCUUCAGUUCCACUGUACCCCUCCGAAUCCUUAACAAGGGCCCAGACUACUUCAGGAGACAGGUUGAACCCAACCCAAAACGCCUCAGUGCUGUUGAGCGACUCGAAGCUGACAAAGCAAAGUAUGUUAAGAGUCAAGAGGUUAUCAACGCUAAACAGGAACCAAUCAAACCACCAAUUCUGGCCAAGCCUCCAAUUGUUCAUACCCUUCUUUCCAAAAGAACCUCUGGAGUAUGUGGUGGAAUACUCGGAGGUGGAGUACCUUUCAAACCUUCAAAUAACAACGCCAAGUCAGACACAUGUGCAACCAGCAGCGCCAGCAGCAAACGGGAGAAUCUCAAUCUGGAGAUCCUAAAAAAUCUCCUUAACUCAUCAUCUUCUUCAGGAGCAGGCUCUGAAGGGCUCGUUGGUGGCGCUAAGAGUGCUGUGUUGAUGAGGUCAUCUGGGGGACUAACAAGGAGUUGGACACCAUCCAGGAUGCCAUUAACCUACCGAUCUACAAUAGCUCUGAAUGAGCAACCACAAGACUCGGCUCCCAGUCCAAGCACCUCACAUUCCUUGCGCUCAUUUUCCCAUUCCUUGAAGGUACCUCCAAUCAGCAGCGAUGGACGGUGCAGUCCGCAGCUGGUAGGAAACCUUAAUCUCAGCAGAGUGCUGGCUGAAAGACGAGGUGAAGGAGCGGUUACAGAAAGAUCACGGUCUCCACUGCCACCGCUACUGACUUCGCACUCCUCCUCCGACCUUCUGCGACUGUGCAACGGCAAACCACUUCGUACUGCUCGAUCGAGCAGCUCCUCAGCUCCACCGCUCCCCCCAAAACCAAACCCUGCCUCCCUCCCACCUCCUACCCUCUCAUUGUCAUUGCCUCCCCCUCGUCCAAAUGUAUCCCCGUCGCUCUGCAACAACACAACCCUUCAGUCGCUAUCAUGUGAUGUUGGAGAAGCUGCUAAUCCUUCAACAGAUCCCAACCUGGAGAUAGAGAUUGGCUCCUCUGUAGCACGGCGUUCCUCUCUACAUAGGUCGAAAUCAGACCUGUCGGACAGGUACGCCCGGGCUGGAGCUGACGUAGAACGUUUUUUUAACUAUUGCGGCCUUGACCCUGAGGAGCUGGAGGCAGUUGGUCCAGAGAACUUCGCUCGGGCCAAUUCGGACAUUGUGAGCUUGAACUUCAGAUCGGCUUCGAUGAUUUCCUCUGACUGCGACCGGUCACGGCGGUCCUCAAACGAUGGCUUGUCAGAUGGCGACGAGGGAGACGAUGAAGAGGCCGGAGAGCGAGUUCCUUAUGGCAUCUCUGCUGUGGAGCGCAAUGCAAGAGUUAUUAAAUGGCUGUACAGCAUCAAACAGGCGAGAGAGACGCAAAAGGUCUCGCAUGUCUAGGUAACACCCUACAAUCAAACUUCUUGUCUCAGAUGUGAUAGAGCAGGUGUUCUCACUGGUCGAAGACGGCUUUACACGGACAGUUCUCAAAGCAAACACAAAUUACGGCAGGCAAAAGAAUAGAACUUGGAGCACUCACGAAAAUUGAGUUUUACAGGACAUUUCUGAAAAUGAACUAGUUCAUUAGACGUUUUUGGGAACACUUGUUUGAACAUUGGUUUGAGCGACACAAACAAUGUGACUGCCUCAUGACAAUGAGCUACUGACCUAGCAUAGAGGGCAAUCCUUCAAUUUCCAUCUCAUGUGAGCGCAGCUAGCUUUGAGUCCUCUGAGUCGUAAACCCGCUUGCCAGUUCAGCUGUUUAAAUAGGUCAGGUGAUGUGCAUAAAAGAGGCACAGUGGAACAAUCAAACCAAGAGAAACUAAAACUGGAACUACCAUGGCUACUUCAAAGACGUUACGGUCACACAAUAUACCAUAUUUCCUCAAAUAGUCGCCUUAGCUCGAAUCGAUGUUUGAACGCCUCUCCACAAAGAGACCUUUUUUCUCUCUCUGGAAAGAAAUAACAGGUGGUGGUACAGUUUGGUUGGGUUGAUGCGAGUACUGUUUUGAUGGUACACAAACAUUUCCAUCUCGGGUGUGUACUUGAUGCCCUGCCCAUAUAUUUUGACAUCAUAGCAGCAGGACGCGUAACUUGCCACUGAAUUGUGCGAUGCAGUCGGUCGGCCCAAACCGCAAUCGCCAACAUCGUCAAAUCCUCUCUCCCGCGUAUCCCGAUGCAUUUGAUUAAACAUCCACAUCACUUUUAUUGUCCUCCCGUUCUGUAGUGUUCCAAAUGAGUCAUGCUAGUGCUGAAAACAGGGCGUUGUUGUUUACAAACCAGGCCACGAGAAUUGUGUUGAAAAGAAAUCAAGCACAAGAAUACAACACAUGCGCAUGGUUUUACAGCCGUGCUUUCUCAACAUUGGUUCACACACUUUUCUGGCAAGUACGUGAAUCAAAACCGAAGGCGAGGAAAGAAGUCGAACAAAUCUACAGUGUAACCGCACGGCGUUUUCGAGAGCCAGUAAUGAAAGGGUUCCCAAAUACAAAUGGAUACUGUGAGCCUCGAGAGUAGAUGGCUGCUACUUCUGGCUGUUGAGUAAAUAAACAACCCCCGGCCACUGUUUGAGGAAACGGUUAUUCAGCUCAAUAAAUAUGUUACAGCUCCCCAUGAGCAAUUGUUGAAUGCCAUUGUUGUGAACUAGAUCCCUGAAGUAGAAGCAGAGCCAUCGAUAUCAUCGCCCUUGCUCAUCCUGUCAGGACAGAUCAAAAUGCGUUGUCAAUGUAUCACUGAAAUGAGACGCGAUAUUGACCUCUCAAAGUCAGUUAAGCAGGUGCGCCAUGUGACCGUAUUGAAUUCACUUUUUACUUCUGUUUUUUUUGGGGGGGAAGGAAGGAGAAACAACAACAAAUAGCAUUUCUCCGAAUGGGUCACAAUCGGCACUCUUUUGUUCAUUCCGAAGCAUUUUAGCUCAUGUUGCUAUUGGUAAGUCUGAUGCAGCUGCCGUCCCACUGAGUUUCAAUUUUCAUGAAGAUGGUGUAUCCCAGGGGAAGAAGAAAAUCAAGGUGAUUCUGGCAAACGUGACAGCGUAAAAUAUUGUGGCGCACACGGUUUCACUGACACUAGAAACAAUGAGUGCUUUCACGAAGAAAUGUACCGUCAUCUUCUUUAUGUCAUCAACUUUUCACAGGAGAGUUUAUAGUUUCCGUUUGUAUUGAUUGCGAAUCACUUAUUUUGUUUUUCUGAACCAAAUAUUCAAGAUACAGAAAUGUUAAGUUCACAUAUUCAGUCACAUCCGUGUAUUAUUAUUAUUAUUAUUAUUAUUAUAAUUGAACUGCUUUGUGUUUUUGGUCUUGAAAAUGUUUGCAAACCGUGGCGAGGAAGAUUCAAUGCGUGCUGCUUCUGUCUUGGACCUUUAUGUGUGGUUCAGGCGCACCUGAUACCCCUCAAGCUACAAACAAAAAAUCGAUAUCCGGGGCAUGUCUGUCUGCUGAAUCCAGUUCCAAGUGACGAUGAUCGCGAUGUCACACCGAGAGAAAACGAAUGUUAUUUGAAGCACGUUUCAGCUGUAUCAUCGCACGCCAUUCACAGUGAUGCACCGGAUGCUAUUUAGACGAUUGCUUUCGGUUUAAGCAACACCCGCGUAUCGUUUGUCUCGCCACUUACACGACGCGUCAUAAUAAUGCAGUAGUCAUGUUGUUCCGGUGUUCUCCAACGAAUGUGUUUGUAGUUGCGUUGACUAAUGACAUCCUUGCAUCAUGUAGAACGGUUUGCUACCCGCAAGGUGUUGUCGCUUCAGGGUCAGUCUCGUCAUCUCUGACUUCAUCUCUCUUGUUUCCGUCGCCAGGUAAUCAGGGCUCCUAAUUUGUACAUUAGCCACCAUCAAUGCCCCGGCCCCGCAAAGUUGACCUCCAUUUUCAUUCUGUUUCAGGGUGUCACGUGAAAGCAAUGUAUUAUUGCGUGCCAGACAAGUACCAAAUGAUGAAAGAAAAGCACCACCAUCAUCCAUGCAAGUCGUGGAUAGUUUGCUUGUUUGAAUAAAGAACAAAAGUUUAGUGGCUUUUCAAACAUGAUUUUCAGUUGUUUUGAAAACCCGCUGUUGUCGUUUUAACACACAUUUCAGCCAGAUGUCAAACGUCAUUGGCAAACAUGCCCGCAAAAACGACCUUUUGGCUUUAGUUCCAGACCAUCCCUUGAUAACGGUGGGUUGCAUCGUGUGUGGUGUGCCUCCCCCCAGCGGACACAAGAGGAGGUGCAGUAGCUGGAGAAGAGGGAAAAAAAACGUUUGCUAACUCAAACCUGCUAAGCUAAUGUCAGCGCGUUAGACUAGAAAGUGCUUUUCGUGAUUUGUUUCUGCAUACAUUGUACAACACGUGAAAUUUGCUUCACUUGUUCAAUGUGCUCGCCAUGUUAGAGCAUUUUGACCGAUUUUUUCUUUUUUUUUAAGACCCUCAGAAUAUCGUGGACUGCAAUUUUAUAUACACACCGAAUCUACCAAAUGGAAUAAUAGAGGAGGUCUAUUGUUUCAUUGGGUCGAAGAGCAACCAUUCACAUGCCAAGAAAUGUUUUCAUCAACUUAAGUGCCGAAAACCUUUGUAGCUAAAUGUUACUGAUUGUAUUUAAGAGAGGGUUGAUAACAAAUGUCUCUUUUCACUGCGCCAAGUCUGAUUGAUUGAUGCAUGUGGGUCAAAUGCAGGUGAGUUAAGUUCACCAUAAAACUGAAAUACAUAAAUUGGAGAAUCGUGUCUUAACUGUCUUAACUUAACUGUUCUGAAGCUCAAACAUCUUAAAACUGAAUGUACACACACACAUUGCACAGAGAUGAUGGAAAAGUCGCCAAAUCUUUUAAAUAACUGUUGCGUUUUUUUGGUUUUUUUUUAAUAGUCAUCUUAUUUUCUUGUUAAUAUUGCUGGUUGCGUGGCGCUUUCCCACCCAGCACUUGUUUGUCGGCGAGGCCCCAGCUAUUCCCUGUUCGACGAGGGGGAGGUUCACAGUCCCACACUUUGGAAACCUGUUUGAAAACGAAUGAGUAUCAGUAUUUCCGCGCUACGGAGCUAUUUCGUCGACAUUAUUCUAAAAGUGAAGGGAAGCCUGCUGAAGGCUAAACAAGUAGGUUUAUGUGACUGUUCGAUACUCCUGCUGUCCCGUCCGUCAUUCGUGUCUUAAAUGAAUCCGGGGGGGAUGCUGUCUCUCUGGUCAACAUUAAGAAAACAGUAGUGUAUUGUCCUUGCAGUGUCGUCAUACGUUUCCAUCAGUUCUGUCGACAAGAUCUAUUUCGUUCUUAGAUUUGGAUUUGCCAAGUUCUUCUGUGGUACUUCUUUACAGUAUGUGUGCAAAUGAUGUAGGGGGGAAAAAAAUAUAUUUGCUUUGGGGGAAAUCAGUGUGUGUGUGUGUGUGUGUGUGUGUGUCCCCUCUUCUUCUUUGUUUGAAGGUUUUCAUUUCCGAAACGAGCAGCAUCGUUUGGUACCUGCAGUAACGAACUGCCUGAUCGAAUCUCGGCAAGAACCUUUUAGUGUCGGGCUGUGUUUUGCCGUGGAAACGUUCCAUUUUACUUGACGUUCAUGUUUAGGUUCUCUCUUAGAUUGUUCCAAUAAAUGGCUUUUUGCCAUUGACCGACCUUUAUUUUUUUUCUUGCCAAACGUAUUCACAUUCUCGUCUCAGGUUUUCCUGUGUGGCAUUUGCACGUUAUCCAUGUGCUUGUGUGGGCAGAGAGCACCACAUGGUUCUCUGCUCUGCCUUUGUCUUCCUGAUCUUCCUCCCCACCACCACAGUCACCUCACACACCGCCAUCCUAUGCCGUCAAGCCACACUCUCCCCUAGCACUACCUUCCGGUCGGUAACCUCCCUUCAGAGGACAUCGUCUGCACAAGAUGUAAUCCACCUGCGUGCUUCGACCUCCGCUCUUGUAGGUCACCCUAUGGUCGUGCCUCUUCUGGAAGAAAGUGCUCGCUACGGUCAUUUGCAUCCUUGUUGCAAAGUCGACCACCAUCUGUCCCUCCCAAGUUCCUUUCCUGGAUGCCGUACUUACCCGUCACUUCUCCAUCACCCCUAUUACAAUCCGCACCAAAUCACGACUCUCUCUCUGUCUCGGACGCUCAGAACUACUUGGCCUAGCGCCUUCCAGAAUUUCUCUUUCACCUCGAGGUCACAUCCUACCUGUGGGGCAUAGCCACUAAAUCACAUUCCACAUAACACCCUCAAUUUCAAAUUUCAGCCUCGUCACUCGAUCUGAUACUCGUUUCACCUCCAAGACAUUCUGAGCCAACCCCUUCUUUUCAAAUAACCCCGCCUCCAUUUCUCUUCCCAUCUGCACCGUGGUCAAAUCAUUUGAACUUCUAGCCUUACUGCCUUUCCACCCGCUUCCCUAGACACACAAUAUAUUUUUUUUCACCACGUGCAUUUUAUGAUAACUACAGUUUGCCACCUUAACUGUAAAUAGGCCUCCUUUAUAUGUUGCCAUAACGACAGCCGCUGAUAAAUACAGAACACCUAAUUUUGGGUGGAGCCGGUUAUUCUCCGAGGGAAAAUGUCAUCUUUUGAGAUAAGUACAGUAGAUUUUCAAGGGUACAGAAAAAUAGGAGAAUAAAAGUCGUAUUUUUCAUGGGAAAGGACGUAGUGUUAUGAGUGUUGAAACUGUUGCUUCUUUCCUACCGUAUUAA